GUAAAUUUGCCUCUUCCAAUGUUUGGCAGAGGGGUCGAGGGAAAUUUGGGAGGGACAGUCCGCCAUUGAAACUCAGUACCCGCAUCUCGCCUCCGGCACGAAAGGGAUAAGAGAUAAUGCCAGGGUUGAGAAUUCUACAGUCACUCACUCGCCGUUCUAAGAUUAGCCAUGGAUUUCUCGAUUCCCGCCUAAGUAGGAGCUUCUCUGCUCUUCCCAACUACAUCCAGCUCGAUGAUCUCCAAGAUCAGGUUUUAGUUGAAGGGAGAGCAAAAUCAAGAGCAGCAGUACUCAAUAGACCAUCUUCCCUCAAUUCUCUCACUAGCUCUAUGGUGUCUCGGUUGAAUAGAUUGUACAACUCGUGGGAGGAGAACUCGGAAAUUGGAUUUGUUUUGAUGAAGGGAAAUAAUCUUGCUUUCUGUUCUGGAGCUGACGUUGUUAUGCUUCAUCAGUUGAUUAAUGAAGGAAAACUUGAGGAAUGCAAAAUUUUCUUCCAGUCACUUUAUAAUUUUAUCUACCUGCUAGGAACCUAUCUAAAACCACAUGUUGCUAUUUUAGACGGUAUUACAAUGGGAAGUGGGGCGGGUAUUGCAUUUCCGGGAAUGUUCCGCAUUGCAACUGAUAGAACUGUUUAUUCUUCUCCAGAAGCUCAAAUAGGGUUUCAUCCUGAUGGAGGGGCAUCAUAUUAUCUUCCUCGUCUUCCUGGCUACUUAGGUGAAUAUUUAGCUUUAACAGGAGAAAAACUUAACGGUGUGGAAAUGAUUGCAUGUGGUCUUGCAACACACUAUCUUUUAAAAGAAAGGCUUCCCUGGAUUGAAGAAAGACUUGGUAAAUUGACGACAGAUGAUCCUUCUGUUAUUGAAAGCUCUCUUGCUCAGUAUGGUGACCUUAUUUAUCCAGAUACGCAAAGCGUGCUUCACAAGUUUGAAAUGAUCGAUAAGUGCUUCAGUCCAGACACAAUUGAGGAAAUUAUUGAAGCUUUGGAGAACGAGGCAGCUGAGUCUUAUGAUGGAUGGUGCACGUCAACUCUUAAAAAGAUAAAAGCAGCCUCUCCAUUAAGCUUGAAAGUCACUUUGAAUUCAAUUAGGGAAGGGAGAUUUCAGCCACUUGACCAGUGCCUGGCUACUGAAUAUCGUGUAAGCCUGAACUGGAUUUCAAAGCACGCAUCUGGCAAUUUCUGUGAGGGCGUUCGUGCAAGACUGAUUGACAAGGAUUUUGCUCCAAAGUGGGACCCUCUGAGACUUGAGGAUGUUACAAAGGACAUGGUCGACAGCUUCUUCGCUCCCCUACCCGAGUUUGAAUCAGAACUGAACUUGCCAACAUCGGUACGAGAGCCUUUUGUUUGAUCUACAUAAACCUCUUUUGCGAAAUGUGUAAGAUGCACAACAUUAGUUUUAGAUUCACUGUGGGAAGGCAAGGAACAAACAAUUUUUUUGAACACUCAAUUUUGUGCAAAUCUGUCUGCCUGUUGAAAAUUGUCACAGCAGACACAACAAAUGUUUUUUCCAUGCUGUGUCGUUUCAUGUUUCAAUCGUUUGAUCUUUGAAUUACUCCCUCGGUUUGGAUCGAAUACAGAUGACCCAAUCAUCAUAUACUGUAUUUCUUAUUAGAGACUACAACUGGGUUGUGUUUGG